CUACCUCCGUCCCACUGUUUUUGUCCACUUUUGACUUUUGGAACUGUUCAUCUAAGCACUUUGACUCAUCAAAUUCUCUCAAUGUGUAAGUCUAAAAAUAGUCAUGUGUGAUCUUGUUUGAUUCGUCUUAACAUAUAGAUUAUUAAUAUAUAAUUUCUAUAAUUUUUUAAUAUACAAAUUACAAGAUAAAAUGGAUUAAAGAAGUGCAUUGGAUGGUGUGCCGAAAGGAUGCUUCCUUGAAAACGCCCAAAAUCCCCCCAAAGAAACCAAAUCUGACUUUCUACGGCUUCUUCCGUCUUCUUCGCUUCACCAUCCCCAAAUCGCCUGAUUUUUCGCAUCUACACCAAUCUAUACGCGGAUUCUUCCGGGAAGGAGGAAAGAUUCCAUAUAAUCGGCAAUCAGAGAACCGCUACGAGAAGAUAUCGAGUGUAUGGAUAUGGAGGAUUGGUUUAGAGAAUCAUGAUAAGCAAUUAAAGAAUCUGCGUGAAAGGAAGCCAGGCGACCCCGACUCAAUGGCCUCUCUCUUGCUUGAUGGGAACCAAGGCCCCUCGGGUAAGAAAUCAGCUCAAUCGCUUUUUUCUACUUCAUCUUGGGAGAUUAGGCAUGCUUGAGUUGUGCAUUUCUCCGCUGACAACCAUGUUCACCACCUUCUCCUCCAACGUAAGUAUUUUUGAUUUCAAUACUUCAAUAUCUAAUUCUUCGCCAUCAAAAUUCACACCCAAAUUCAGUCUUUCAAAAUUAUGAGUUUUGUUUUACUACACACUUUUUAGCACUAAAUCCUACGAGAUUAUGAAAUUUCUUCCAAAUUACGGAGUAUGAAAGUUAAGAACUUUGUUGAAUAAAAAAUUUUAGUUGAAUGUAUAAUGAGUUGUAAAUAUAGCAUGAUAUAUACACCCUUCUCAAAAAAUUUCACAUAUUGACUUUUUUGGUGAACUCUCUACAUACAUUGACCAUUAAUACAUAUAAAUUUAUAGAAAUAAAUAUUUAAAAAAAGAGAAAAAAACAAAAUAUGUAAUGGGAAGCAUUCUAAUUUGAGGGAUACAUUAUUAUUGUUAAUUAAGGUAUUAAUUUGCAAUUAUAAAUUUCCUAUUGAUUAAAUUAUGAUGUUCGGAUUCAAUAUUUCCAUUUUCAUAAAUGUGAUCAUCAUAUAUCAAAUAAUUAUGUUUAAUAUCAAAUUUUAAAAUGGCAUGAAGGGGUACGAUUAAUGGUUUCUACUGUUCAUUUCAUUUGUUCAUAUGUGUUCGAAUGAUUUAGUCACUAAUCUGUUGCAUAUUGACAUCUAUUCCAAUUUUAACUAGAUUCCUUUUUAAAGCCUGUUAGUUCUCCCUGUGCAAAAUUUGAAUCUCACUUUUUUGUUAAUGAAUUGUAUUAAUCAUGUGUGGAGAUGUGAUUAUAUGGGGAUUUGUGUAUUUAAUGUUUGUGCUUGCAGAUGGCACUACUUUGUCUUCUACUAUUGCUUCAAAGGUGUACAUGGACAUUACCAAUGAUGAACCUAUAUACAUUUUUUAGGAUUUUGCAGGGCCGGGGCAUAUGUGCAAGUGGGAGGAGAGUUAUGAACAUAUGUNUUUUUAAAGCCUGUUAGUUCUCCCUGUGCAAAAUUUGAAUCUCACUUUUUUGUUAAUGAAUUGUAUUAAUCAUGUGUGGAGAUGUGAUUAUAUGGGGAUUUGUGUAUUUAAUGUUUGUGCUUGCAGAUGGCACUACUUUGUCUUCUACUAUUGCUUCAAAGGUGUACAUGGACAUUACCAAUGAUGAACCUAUAUACAUUUUUUAGGAUUUUGCAGGGCCGGGGCAUAUGUGCAAGUGGGAGGAGAGUUAUGAACAUAUGUCCAUUGUUUUGGAUUUUGUAGGCGUAUAUGUGUAAGUGGGAGGAGGAGUACUAAAUCCUAGGAGCUCUGAUAUGUUUGAAUCACCAAGCACUGAACUAAUGAAUGGUUUUUACUUUGUACUCCUCAAGUGGUUUGCCGGAUACUACUCAAAAUCCUACAAUCAAACUAAAACAUUUGUACCGACAUUUUUAUCCUUAAUGAAAGUUGCAUUACUUU